AUGUCGUUAGAAGAAGAAAUUCCUGCGAUCUUCUUGGAUAAGAUCUCUCCUCGUGGGCUCGAAGCCAUUAAGAAGACAAAGAAAUUUGUAGAAGAGUAUUGUAAUCCAGCAGACGAGAUAUUCUUUAGCCAAGUAUCUCAGGAUCCUGAAAAGAGAUGGAAAUCCAACCCUGAAAUUACAGAACACCUUAAGAAAAAGGCUCAAGAGCUCGGCUUGUGGAAUAUGUUUUUAUCAAAGCAUUACCCAGAAGGGCCUGGUUACACCAACUUGGAAUACGGGUUGAUGGCGGGAUAUCUCGGUAGAUCCUUUGUUGCUCCGGAAGCUACCAAUACAAGCGCUCCAGAUACAGGUAAUAUGGAGUUGCUUGCUAAAUACGGUACACCAUUCCAUAAGAAGACGUAUUUGAAGCCAUUGUUGAAUGGUGAGAUCAGAUCGGCAUUCUUGAUGACUGAGAAAGGUGUUUCAUCGUCUAAUGCCUUGAACAUUUCCGCUUCUGCUGUCAAAAAUCCCAAGGGAAAUUAUGUCUUGAACGGUGUGAAGUGGUUCGCUUCAGGUGCCGGAGACCCAAGAACCAGCGUCUGGUUGGUGAUGGUCAAAACCAGUAACGAUGAGUCUAAUCCAUACAGAAAUCACUCUGUUUUAGUUUUGGAUGCCAAGAAGGCUAUAGCAUCAGGUAAGGCGAAGGUUGUUCGUCCAUUGUUUGUUUUUGGCUAUGACGAUGCUCCACAUGGUCACUGUGAAGUUGAAUUCAAUGACUAUGAAAUCUCCGCUGAAGAAAUGCCCAAUGUUAUGCUUGCAGGCGAAGGAAGAGGUUUCGAGUUGAUUCAGGCCAGAUUGGGUCCUGGUAGAAUCCACCAUUGUAUGAGAACUAUCGGAGCUGCUGAAUAUGCUUUAUUACAAGUAGCACAUAGAGCCAGCCACAGAUUGAUAUUUGGAAAACCGAUGAAGGACAGGGAACUGUUUAUCUAUGCAUUCGCUCAACAUAAAAUAAAUAUUCAAAGGUGUAGAUUGUUGGUUUUGAAUGCUGCUCACAAGAUUGACAUCUCCAAUGCCAAGGGAGCUUUAAAGGAAAUUUCAAUUGCUAAAAUUGAAGCUCCAAGAACCGCAUUGGACGUUAUGGACUGGUGUAUUCAGAUGUAUGGAGCUGAAGGUGUGUCACAGGAUUGCGAGAUUGCAAGAAUGUAUGCAUUGAACAGAACUUUAAGAAUAGCUGACGGUCCAGAUGAAGCACAUCUUGCUCAAUUGGGUAGGAGUUACUUGAAAGGAUUCCCUGCUAUGGACAAGUACUUCGCAGACAAGAAGGCUAACUUCGAAAAGUUAUCAAAAUUGUGA